UGAUCAUCGAGAAAUCUAAUGCCCUUUUCGGAAGAGGAGAGCGGUCAGGUGCUCAAUGUUCCGCGAGUCAUUCGCUCUCUGUCCCUUGUCCAGUCGCUCCACUUCCCGUUACAAAGCCGAUGAUCCCACCUUCCUUUCACUCUGUGGCCCGUACCGCGAUUUCUUUAAUAGGCAUUGUUCCUUUGCAAGCCUCUUCCACUUCUGUUCCGGUGCGCCGCCGACGUGCUACUUUGAUUUGCAGGUCGCCAUGAGGCGACGGGCUUCUAUAAAGGGGCUGACGCAUGAACGGCGAGCAGCGGGAAAGUCUGCGCUGCACAGCAAAUGCGUAGGCUUGAUCUACACAUUAGGUGCAAAGGACCGGCCGGUAUGCGGCAGAUAUGGCAGGCAGAGAGUCGUGAGUAUAUCCGACGAUGUGGCUUGCUCGCAACCGCUUUUAGCCACAACAGCUGCACUGCACGACCACGCUGCUCGAGCUGCCGGAGUUCCUAUACUCGCGACUGUAGGUUGAGGCAGCAAGUGACGGCGAGUGAAGUUCACGUGUACGAGAUCCAAGCCACUGACAAGAGUGGCUCACGUGGUUGCGACCUAUGUCCAGAAAAGCUCCGCGCUGUCUCUGCACCGAGAUUCGUGAUUCACGACUGGCCUUCCCUAAGCGGUUCCCAAAGGGGUGAGGGCCGGGCGAGCUGGCUCUU